AUGCCUUGUACCUGCUGUUCCCGAGUUCCAGCUCCAUCCGAAGAAAGAUAUGAGCCUUUCAUCUCAUGUCGAGAAUUAGGAGAAAAGUGUCCGAUCGAUAGCAAGACUACCAAGUCCUUUAAGUACCCUAUAAUUCGCCCCGAGAGUGCUAGCAGCAUUAGCCUCCUUAUCAAAAUGCCAAUGGAAAUCAUUCAGCGCACUCUCAAGUAUCUUGACAUUGAAACUCUAGUCAAUAUUCGCCGUUGUUCUCAAUACUGCAGACUAGCAGUUGAUACUACCCUAGAAUGGCAAGAGAUUUCUGAAAAUGCUCCAGAGGCCUUGCGAGCCAUUUUGUGUACUGGAGUUGGAUCCAAUGUCCUUCUGCUCCAGUUGCAUCAUGCCUUGACAAACCCUGAAUGCGAAUUUUGCGUAGAAGACUUUGAACCCCCUACAUAUUUGGACGAUGAAAAGGUCAUGGGUGCUUUUUUAUCACUCUUUGAAGGCAAGCGAGCUUGUGCUUAUUGUCUCCGGAAUGAUAUCUCACUUAGAACUAUUCCAUAUAUCGACUUCGUCCGACUCCAGCGUCCCAACUCUUCAAUUAAAAUUUGGCCCGAGGUGCAAAAUCCACCAAAGUUGCGUACGCUCCCAGGUACCUACGGCUACAAUAGAUACAAGAGCUUUCAACGUCUGCUUCUUGUUCCCCUGGGCGACGUCGAAUACGUUGAAGGAAUGUCAAUGAACCACAACGAAAGACAAUUAUUGCUGCGCGCACAACACGAAGUCAUCAUCCCCAAACAUCCAUUCGCCGAUCGCCCAGUAUUGGACAGACAACUCGCUCCGCACGAUGCCUACGUGGGAUUCGAACGCGAGGAUGAGAUAGCCCGUCGUUACAUGACUGCUAUUCCCUUUUCCUACUUUGGAAAGACUCACACUCAUCCCAAUACUAAAAAGCGGGAUGCCGACGCGGUAGUCAUGGCAUGCGCGGAAAAUAUAUACAAACGAGAGACGAGACAGUGGCUCAAUGAUGCAGACGCGGAGAAACUACAUGCGAGAAAUUUCCACGAGCGCAUCGAGGGUGAAGAACGUGAGUGGAGACAGCGAAGACAAGCCCCAAUCUUGAUUUUCACGGAACCAGAUAAUUCAGAAGACUUUCGAAUGUAUGAAUAUGAUUAUCCGCUUUUACUGUAAUGUAAUCGCAGUAUUGGGAGCGGACAAUCUGGAAAAUCGGGUGUACCCGUACAACCUAGAAAGGAGCUUCAAAAGUUGCGAAGAUAUAUCAUCGUCGCUUCUACAAUUAUUUGAGGGUUAAUUUUAGUUAUGGAUCAGGGACUAGGAAAAUAUCAAG